CUGCAGGCCACAGGCAUGGCGGGCGGGCGGACUGCAUUUCCCAGCGUGCCGCGCGGCGCGAGGGGUCCGGACUUCCUGCCGCGCGGCCAAUCAGGAGCGCCCAGGUGUCGCGGGCGGGGCGGGGGCGGAGGCGGCGAGAAGAUGGCGGCCAAGAGCGGCCGGAACGGGCUCCUGGACAAGUGGAAGAUCGAUGACAAGCCAGUGAAAAUCGACAAGUGGGAUGGUUCAGCUGUGAAAAACUCCUUGGACGACUCUGCCAAAAAGGUGCUCCUGGAGAAGUACAAGUACGUGGAGAACUUCCGUCUGAUCGACGGGCGCCUCCUCAUCUGCACAAUCUCCUGCCUCUUUGCCAUCGUGGCUCUCAUCUGGGAUUACCUGCACCCUUUUCCCGAGUCCAAACCGGUCCUUGCCUUCUGUGUCGUCUCGUAUUUUGUGAUGAUGGGCAUCCUGACCAUCUAUACCUCCUACAAAGAGAAGAGCAUUUUCCUGGUGGCGCACAGGAAGGACCCGGCGGGGAUGGAUCCCGACGACGUGUGGCAGCUCUCCUCCAGCCUCAAACGGUUCGAUGACAAGUACACCCUGAAGCUGACGUUCAUCAGCGGGAAGACCAAGCAGCAGAGGGAAGCCGAGUUCACCAAGUCCAUUGCCAAGUUCUUUGAUAACAACGGGACAUUAGUCAUGGAGGCCUACGAGCCAGAGGUGUCCAAGCUGCACGACAGCCUGGCCCUGGAGAGGAAAACAAAAUGAUUUCGGAGCCCAGCCGCCUCCCAGCAGCCUGCUAAAGUAACACCAAUAAAGUCACAUGGCAAAGAAAGUGAA